CGUCGGAGGGUGUCGGAGGGAGUCUGACCGACCCACGGGAGGGUCGGUCGCCGGCCAGCGGGGCUAGUUGCUCAACCAGCCAAGGGCUGGUCGAUUUGUCGAACAGCCAAGGGGCUGGUCGAUCGUCGACCAGCCUCGCUGGUCGUUCGGGCUGGCCGUCCCCCGCCACCCAUUAAGUCUCAUGGUUUAUCCGGUCCUUCGAUCCGCCCUUGUAGUGACUCGCCCCCUUCAUCCGGCAGAUCCCUUUAUGAUAGUGAUAGUGAAACUCAUUCAAUUGACUCUCAGCCAUUUGUUCCAAAUCUCCCAAAGAGACACAUUGGUUCUUCUAAAUCUCCAGGCCAAAAUUUGGAAAUCGGGCGUGACCCGACCGGUGAGGUUGUCCCCCUAGAUAUCCCAAAAAGUUAUAGUCUCUACAAUUCGCCACUUUAGAAAAAUGUCUAGGAAAGUAUGACCGGGUUGAUGAUUACGUCUAUAGAGCCCCUGGUCCUAAAGAAAGGCUCCCCGGGUCCGACCCCCGUGAGAUAGCCAUGUACAAGGAUGUUAUGGACGGGGCUUUUCGGUUCCCCAUUCAUCCCUUUUUUGUGUCCAUUUUCAACGAGUUCCACCUUACUCCUAGUCAAAUUAAUCCUAAUGCAUGGAGAAAAGCGUUAUAUUUUCUGUAUGUCUGUCUCAAAAAGGGAAUUUCACCUUCCAUGGAUCUUUUCAGGUGUGUCUUCGAAAUGCAUGAGCUAGUUCAAUGUAAUGCCUUUGUCUAUUUUACCACUAGGGUACCUAUGUAAUUCCCUAAGUUUAGGAAUUCGAAUAGCGGAUGGAAGUCCCGAUUUUUCUUCGUCCGGCCUUCAAAGGGUCAGUUUUCUUUUAACACAAACUGGCGACACCCCCAAAUUCGUCUCUUCAAUAGCCAAAUAGAAGUUACUCCCUUUCUAGAAGCUCAAAUCCAGGACUUGGUUGAUGUUCCGCCCUUUGCACCUGACUUAGGGUCAAUCCUAACCAUGAAGAACAUAUUGAAAGUGGGGAUGAGUCGUCCAAUCGGUAUGGACUUUGAUCUUGAUGAGGUAUUGAGGACUCUGCCAGGAGGAGAUAAGGGCCUUACCCUCGUUGAUGGGGCCGAGCUUGAUCUGGAAGGAGUCAUGGACUCCAUGCCUGAUCAGGGACAGGAGGGUCAGGUGGAUCCUUUGCCUAUCCCUUCAAAGAGAAGGAGGGGGGCUGAUCUUGGGAGAAAGUCUCAGACGAUCAACGAGACUUCUCAGCCUUUAGAUGAGCCUCGUGAUGUGGUUCCAGCUCCUAGGCCAGGAGCUCCUAGUCGUGCGCGAUGUGAGCGCUAGGACUCGCUUCCUAGCUUUGGGUUUCCUCCCACCCGGGGCUAUCAUGAGAUGGGGGUGCUUAAGUCGUUGGUGACCCCCGCUCGAUCCAGAGCGAUUGCAGGGCGCAGCGCAGAUGACAUAGAAAGGGCUGCGGCUGUUUACCUUCAGAGGGUAUGUUUCUCAUUUCGAGAUUUCUUUCAUGUUGGAUCUCGCCUUUUAAGUUAGACUUUAACUCGUGGUUUCACUCUUUUUCCCCUUAUACAAUUUUUUUUUUUUUUUUAGAUGGUGGCCCUCCAGACCGGACUCGCUGAGUCGAAUUGCCGCCUGGUCUCAGAGCUGAAAACUCUUACUGAAGAAAAGAAAAAGAAGGCUCAUCACCACAAGAAGAAAAUAUCCUCCUUGAGGAAAUCUCUGGAGAUGUCGGACGCUCGAGCUAGUGAGCAAGAGACGGAGAUCGACAACCUACGUUCUGUUUUGGCUCGUGCUCCUGAAGAGGCGGUUGAGAGGUAUAAGGCCUCAGAUGAGUACGCUGGAGAUCUCAAGGCGGCUGUGGAUCAGUAUAAGACAUCGUCCGAUUAUGCUAAGGUUUUGAACUCAUACGGGGGGAAGGCGAUGUCAGCAUCAAUUAAGUUCUCCAAGGAGUGGAUUAUGGCCGAACAUCCUUCUAUAGACCCCUCCGGCUUGGAUAGAUUUCUCGCACAGCGCAAGGGGAAGGAGAGCGUAGCUCAGUCAUCCAGAUCACUCGGUCGUUCAUCACAAGGUAGUAGUGGGGAUGUCUCCCCUUCGAGCUUAAACAUUUCUUAGUUGUUUUCCUUGCUAGUUUUUCCUUUUUAGUGUUUACUUUUGCUUAGCCUUGUUAUCUCCUACUUGCUCGGGAUGUGGGCAAGAAUUCUUCGAAUGUAUAAACACGUCUUUCAUUCGAUAUUA